UCGCGAAUAUGCGAUUAAACUGUACAUAGAUAAUUUGUAAAAACAAAAUUGGGAAAAAUUUUUUCCCUCGGUUAAACGCGUCUGUAACCUUUUUUUAGGUUAUAUAGCACCUACCUUUUAUACAUUAGAAUGAAAACAGAACAAUAAAGAUUAGAAUUUGUGAAGAAAUGUAUUUUUAUACUACACACACAAUUAUAUUGUAUAUGUGUAUAAACAUGUACCCUGAGCAUUCUUUUUGUAUCUUAUAAUGUGAUUACAACAUACAUUGUAUACAAUGGUCAUGUUUAACAGCAUCGCUCAGCUAAAGUAAAAAUAUAAAGCAUAAUUAUUAAGAUAAGGAAUUAUUCUGCUAAAUAAUUAUCAGGCAAAUGGCGCAAGCACAGAGUAUGGAGAUCAUUGAAUUGAUGUCGGAUGAAGAUGAAGAUUUGCAAAGUACGAAGAAAACUAAAUCUAAAGGAUGCAAUAGUAACUGUGUCAAUUUUAAAUGUCGCUCUGGAGUGAACAUGAAGGCAGCACCUUCCUUCGCGUGCGCAUUUUAUGGAGUUUCACUCGAGAAGAAGAAGAACCGUAUAAUAUGUAAAGAGUGUUUUGACGUUGCGCUGCAGCAUCAGAGGCAUUUGGUAAAAGCCUUUGUAGAAAAUAAAUCACUGUUAGACUGUGAUUUUCCGGAUCAUACGAUGGAAGUGGAAAUUUCUGAUAGCGAUGAUUCUGACGAUGAGAAGAAAAAUGAACCAGAUAGCAAUGAAUAUAUACCGGACGAUGUACUUUUAGACAUCAAGGAUAAAUUAGAUGAUACAUUGUCAUAUAUCUAUAAAAAAUACAAUGUGGAGCAGCAUACUAAGGUUGCUUGCGAAUCCCUGAAGAAGAGGUGGCAGGACAUAUGUGCGGCAAAUGAUUCUCUUAACACCGAAAUACGGGAAGUAAUGUGUACAAUGGACAAAUUGCGAAACAACUUGUACGAAGACUUUAGACCGCAAAUUAAGAUGCUCGAGGAAUUGCAAAUAAACGACGAAAUUACGGAGGUCGCCCAUCCCUUUGUAGCAACGAAGAAGGUAACGCAAGUACGUGUUCCGCCUUCCUCGUCGUUGCAAGAUAAUCAACUGGAGGUUUUAGCGAUUGAACCAUCGAGUAGUAAGCAGAUAAUAGCUCCUAAGUUACCGCCACCUGGUCCGGUCGUUAAACGAUCUCCGGAGGUAGAUGAUAUCGUUUAUAUCAUGAAAAGUCCUGUUAUGCCAUGGCUCAAAGGAAAGAUACAAAGUAUAGUUUCAACAAGUCCAUGGGGCUUUCGCGUGAAACUUAUCCAGAAAAAGUACAAUGGAGCGAUCAAGAGUAUCCCUGGCAAACUGCUAGCAUUAACCGAACUGAGUAAAGUUAUGAUCCCAGUUGGAACGCGAGUUGUAGCUAUAUUUCGUGAUGACAUUUCCAAUAAUUACUACAGCGGAAUAAUUGCUGAGACACCAAAAUCCAUAAAUAAAUAUAGAUAUCUGGUAUUUUUUGACGAUGGUUACGCUCAGUAUGUUAUCCACACCGACAUCUACCUGGUUUGGGAGACCUCGCCACGUAUUUGGGAAGACGUUCCCAGCGAAUCGCGAGAGUUCGUGAAGAAGUACUUGGAAUCAUAUCCCGAAAGGCCAAUGGUGAAAUUGCAACCGGGUCAAAUGGUUAAGACCGAAUGGAAGGGAAAAUGGUGGCUCGCAAAAGUCAUACAAGUCGAUGCGAGUUUAGUGCAAAUGCACUUCAACGCUGAUAACAGAACCGAAUGGAUCUACCGUGGCUCGACUAGAUUGGGUCCUCUGUACAUCGAGGUGCGUAAGGCUAAUGCGAGGCAACAGCUUCAACAGUCGGGCAAUGCGCAUACUCGACAUCGUCUUCCUGCCACGUCUAACAAAAAUAACUUGCCUUACGUCGAAUAUACAUCCAAUGUGGAAGAAGAUGUCACGCAAAGUGUGCAAGCGGAAAAAACGACAGUUCCCACGAGUGUGGCAUCUAGUACACCGUCCAUUGCACCGCAACAGUCGCGUGCAGUAGCUAAAAAAAGUACCGCCAAAAGGCAUAAUGUAGAUACUACAACAAUUCCAACGUACAACAAUUCCACCGUGGAAACGAAACCGUCGCAUAGCAUUGUUUUUUACAAUACCCAGAGGAAAUAUGAGCCGAAGAAAUAUGUUUCUCACAAAUGCGGACCAAAAUGUAUCAAAAGCAUCAAAGUUUCGCACGAGGAUCUCAAAGGGCUUUCUCCGCUCUCCAUUCCACUGUUGUGCGGCUGGCAUCGUCAGCUUUGCAAAUUCUCCAAGGGCAAGAAAGUUAUAUUAUACCAGACACCGUGCGGCGUUAGAUUACGAAAUAUGGAAGAGCUGCACCGUUACCUUCUCACUACCAAUAGCACACUGUCCGUCGAUCUGUUCGAUUUUGAUUAUUGGGUGCGUGCUUUCGCCGACUUCGUCGUGGAGAAGUGCUUUAUCAACAUCAAGGAUCUCAGUUAUGGCGAGGAAAAUGUGCCGAUACCAUGUGUGAAUGAUUUGGAUCACACUCAACCGGACACCAUAAGGUACACUACACGUCGGGAGCCAACGGAAGGUGUUAAUCUAAAUCUGGAUCCUGCGUUUUUGUGCAGCUGCGAUUGCGAGGACGAUUGCCAGGAUAAAUCGAAAUGCCAAUGCUGGCAGCUAACGAUACAAGGAGCAACUCUAGGAGGAAAAAUGCCGAAUACCGCUGUCGGUUAUAUUUAUAAACGCUUGCCGGAACCGGUGACCACGGGAAUCUACGAAUGUAACUCGGGAUGCAAGUGCUCUGUGAAAACGUGUCUCAACAGAGUGGUGCAACAUCCUCUCAAAUUAAAGUUGCAAGUGUUUAAAACAGGACCGCGUGGUUGGGGCAUAAGGUGUCUCAAUGAUAUUCCCCAUGGUGCUUUUAUCUGUAUUUAUGCAGGGAGAUUACUCACCGAACAGGGCGCAAAUGAAGGAGGUAAAAAUUACGGCGAUGAGUAUCUGGCAGAGUUAGAUUACGUAGAGGUGGUAGAAGGUUACAAGGAGGGUUACGAAAGCGACGUUCUCGAACCGGAAAUGUCGGCGUCAUCUGCAGAAGAAGACAAUAAGAAGAAAACCACCGGCGUGAGCGACGAGGAAGAGGAAAACACAAAGGAAAGCACCACUGGCUCGGAUGAAGAUUUCAAUAUUGAUAACUAUGUGGCUGAUAGUAAAGAUUUGUUAGAAACAACUGCGGAAUCUUCGUCUAUCAGGAAACGUUUAAGAAAACGGAAAAGAGAGGACAUGGAUCAACCAGAUAUAUCUGAAGAAAACAGCGAAGAUGGAAGUGUUACGAAAAAUUUGGAAAAUGCGACAAAAUCUGUGACUGAAAUUCUGGAUACGAUCAAUAUCAGUGACGACGAUGACAGUAGAAAUGUAGACAUAAGAAGAGAGCCGAGUAGAUUCGAGCCUAGUGUAGAACCAAAGCAAAUAGAGAGAUCAACCUUCAAGUCUGUGAGAGAUUACUUCGGCGAAGACGAAGCCGUUUACAUUAUGGAUGCUAAAACGACUGGAAAUAUCGGCCGUUACUUGAAUCACUCCUGCGACCCAAACGUGUUUGUGCAAAAUGUGUUCGUCGAUACACACGACGUACGUUUUCCUUGGGUGGCUUUCUUCGCGUUACAAUAUAUAAAAGCUGGACAAGAACUUACGUGGAAUUACAGUUACGAUGUAGGAAGUAUACCGGGUAAAGUGAUCAUUUGCAAAUGUGGUGCAGCUAAUUGUAGAGGUCGUCUUCUGUGAAUUGUGCAUUUUAUGGUAAUAAACUUUGUUCUUUGUAUAAAUGGAACUUGUUUUCUCUAGCAAAGU